GUACCAUACCCUAGCAAGUUAGCUCCUUCAGCUAGCAGUCUGUGUAGCUGUCCUGCUGCUGUGUGUGUGAGUGAGUGUGUGUGAGUGUGUUUGAUGAGGUGUGGAGGAAAGAGGAGAUGUGGUCCUUUUUCGCCAGGGAUCCUGUCAAAGACUUUGCUUAUGAACUGCUUCCAGACAGCCAGGAGAAGUCUGGAAUAUGGACUCUUCAUCGGGGGAAGAGAAAGACCAAUGGAGAGCCGGUGUCGGUGUUUGUGUACGAGGUAACACAGGGGACAGAGCAGCAAACCCAGCUGGCCAAGGCUGCCUUCAAGCGUAUGAAGACCCUGCGUCACCCCAACAUCCUGGCUUAUGUCGAUGGAUUGGAGACGGAGAAGAGCCUGUACCUGGUUACUGAACAGGUGACACCCCUGGCAGUCCACCUGAAGGCUCAGGCAGAGAAGGGGGGGUCUGGGGAGCUGGAGGUCUCCUGGGGACUGCACCAGAUAGUGAAAGCUCUGAGUUUCCUGGUCAACGACUGCCACCUGCUUCAUAACAACUUGGGUGUAUGGUCUGUUUUUGUGGAUCGAGCUGGGGAGUGGAAGCUCGGGGGUUUAGACCAUGUGGUACCUGAGCAGGGAGACCCAACCGGGGUUUCACUACCUGCUCCCAAGGCUGUUUACCCAGAGAUGGAGAAAUAUGACCCACCAGAGAUGCCCAAUAGCAGCGGAGAGAAAUGGGCGGGGGAGGUGUGGCGGCUAGGCUGUCUGAUUUGGGAGGUGUUCAACGGGCCUCUACCUCGCACGUCCUCCCUUCGUUCUCUGGGAAAGAUCCCCAAGGCCCUGGUCCCUCAUUACUGUGAGCUGGUGGGGGCUAACCCCCGAGCUCGGCCCAACCCAGCCCGCUUUCUCCAGAACUCUAGAGCCCCUGGGGGGUUCCUCAGCAACAGCUUUGUGGAGAGCAACCUUUUCCUGGAAGAGAUACAGAUCAAGGAGCCAGCUGAGAAGCAGCAGUUCUUCCAGGAUCUGAGUGACAAUCUGGACUCUUUCCCUGAAGACUUCUGUAAACACAAGGUGCUGCCUCAGCUGCUCACCGCCUUUGAGUUUGGCAAUGCGGGAGCCGUAGUCCUCACACCGCUCUUCAAGGUGGGAAAGUUCCUGUCGGCAGAGGAGUACCAGCAGAAGAUCAUUCCUGUUAUCGUGAAGAUGUUUUCCUCCACGGACAGAGCCAUGAGGAUACGACUGCUGCAGCAGAUGGAGCAGUUCAUUCAGUAUCUGAACGAAGCGGCCGUUAAUUCCCAGAUUUUCCCUCAUGUUGUUCACGGCUUCACAGACACCAACCCCGCCAUCAGAGAACAGACUGUUAAGUCUAUGUUGCUGCUGGCUCCCAAGCUGAACGAGACCAACCUGAACCAGGAGCUGAUGCGUCACUUUGCCCGGCUGCAGGCCAGAGACGAACAAGGCCCGAUCCGGUGCAACACCACCGUCUGCCUGGGCAAGAUUGCCUCCUACCUCAACGCUGGGACUCGACAACGUGUUUUGAUUUCUGCCUUUUCUCGAGCUACUAAAGACCCUUUCCCAGCUUCACGCUCUGCUGGUGUACUGGGCUUCGCCGCCACACACAACUACUACAGCGUAACAGAGAUCGCAGCCCGCAUCCUGCCCACCCUCUGUGCCAUUACUAUUGACCCCGAUAAGAGCGUCAGGGACCAGGCAUUCAAAGCCAUUAAGAGUUUCCUUACCAAGCUGGAGACUGUGUCAGAAGACCCCACUAAGCUGGCUGAUAUAGAAAAGGACGUAGCAUCAUGUGCUCAGGCUGCAGGUGCUUCUUCCAGCUGGGCCGGCUGGGCAGUGACCGGUAUGUCCUCGCUAACGUCUAAGCUGAUCCGCAACGCUCCAGGGACAGAGGGGGGUGCAGCAGCCGAGGGCAGUGGGCCCGACAACGACACCAGCCCUACCAGUGCCACAGAUGAAGCACCUGCACCCGGUUCUGAAGCUAAAACUCCACAAGCCUCUCGGACUCACCUCGCUACCUCUAGUGGUGCCAACCAAUCACAGACUCUUGAAGUAGCGGACAAUGAUGACAAGCCAAUAGGAGACCGCUGGGAUGAAGAGGAGGACUGGGGAAGUUUGGAUGAGACAGAGAAAGCUCAACCUGAAGCAGAUGACUGGAACACUGACUGGUCAGGAAUGGCAUCAUCCAAAAAGAAGGCCAGUGACAGAGGAGUGGGCCGGUCGUCGUCCUCCACGGCGGUGAAAAAGCAGAGCUCUGACUGGAGCAGCUCAGGCUGGGACGCCGAUGACAGCUGGUCCAACGAGAAGGAAGGGCAGGGACAGAGCUCUGCGGGCGAGGAAGGCUGGGGCAACGACUGGGGGGAGGAGGACACGGACACAACCUUGACCAAUUCAACGCUGCCCCUGCCCGAAGGAGUGCGAUUAGCCAGCGACUACAACUGGGACAGCAGCAACGCAGCCAUAGGGACCGGUCAGAAUGAUCUGUUCGCCAGCGUGUCCCAGAGAAACACAGCCAGCACUGCUGCCACCACGGCUGGAGAUGGCUGGAGUGCCGAGGCAACAGGAGACUGGGGAGCUGAGGAGAGCUGGGAGUCAGUGGAUGGGAACCAGGGUCUCAGCAAGGCCGAGCUUUCCAAGAAGAAACGGGAGGAGAGGAGGAAAGAGCUGGAGGCGAAACGGGCAGAGCGCAAAGCUGCUAAGGGUCCUCUCAAACUGGGCGCACGCAAGCUGGACUGAAGGGGAAGCAAAGAAAGAUUUAAGGGCGGGGACAGAGAGGGAGGAACCUGGACAACAGUAACGCGACCCAGAACAGUGGAUGGAGGGUUGACAUUCCACAAACAAAGGACCAGAAAGAAGUGUUAGCAGUGACGAAAAUACUGUGAGCAGUCGCUAUCAUGGAGGCGGCUUGUUGGUCAGUAGGUGACUCUCUGCUUCUGACAGACGGGUGACAAAGGAUGGCAGAACUGAGACAAACACAGAGACAGAAAAAUGGAAGAGAAAAUCCAGAGAGAUGUGAAGCAGCACUUCCUGCAGCAGAGUUGUUCACACAGAGUGUCUCCCUCUGUUUUAUUUUUUUUUUUAAUUACAAAACUCCAUAAAACUGCAGUUGUAAAGUAAAUGUAUAUAAAUGGUGCAUCUUGUCUUAAAAUGACACAAAGAAAUGACACUUUUUUUUUAAAUUGAGAAAUAUAUAUAACAGAACUCAAACAUGUAUUAUACUGAAUGUUUUUCGGUAUACACACACACACACACACACACACACAUACACACACACACACACACACACACACACACACUCGUAGUGGUUAUGAAUGUUUUAGUUCAGCUGUCACUAACUUACAGAUUUAAGACUUAAAAUCGAUCCAUGCAUGCACUUGUGUAUUUGUUUGGCCUGACGAAAGGUUUCAUGGCAAAGAACUACAGCUGUGUUGAGUUUACUUUGCACAUACAGCAUUAUACUGUAUUUUACUGUACUGAACUGACCCAAACAGACAACAUGUUUGACUGGUGUCAUAAAUGUGUACAUGCACUGCAGACACACGAUGAGCACAUGAUAGAAAUAAUUAGUUAAACUGAGGCUGGAGAACUGGUUUUGAAAGGGGAAAUCCAUUUAUGUGUUUACAUGCCUCUUCCUGUGUGUCCUAUGUGUGAUAGUGCUGUGGUGGAGGGGUAAUGAAAUCAAUGGAGUUUUAUUUUGAAAUCUUUUGAAGGUCAUGCAUUUGAACUUGUAUAAUCUUGCAGAUCUCACUGAAACCUUUUGAGAUCAUCCGAAGAAGUACAGUAUUGGGUGUGGUCAGGGUAAAGGGGUUCCCUAAACGUUCCUUUUACUCUUUUAUUUGUGCCUUUUUAUUUAAUUGCAGAUCUGCUAUGUAGGAUCACAUCCAAGAACUCUGAAAUGUCUCUCACCAGCAGAUUCUGUGUUUUCAUCAAACCUUUCAGUGUAACCAGAUAUCUGCUGUCUGUGUUGGAUGUCUUAUUGUUAGGUUUGGUGUAAGAUGCUGUAUAGAUAAACCCGGCUGACACAAUCAAUACCCAUCACCACUGGAGCUAAUGUAAGGAACUAUGCUUUGUUGGUGGACUGGAUGCAACCUUUUAUAGAGAAUCCAAAUCGUGUAGCAUGUGAGCUAUUCUAAAAUAAAUGAUUGAAAUAAA